GAUUCUCGAUGUCAAUUGAGUUCGAUAAUUGCAAAUGGUCGUUUAAUAACAGAUGAUUGAACGCAUUCUGCGGCGCGGUCUAGCAUUUAUCUGUCAAAACUGGUGACGGCCGGCCGAUCGGCGAUGAGCCGGCAUUCGCGUGCCUGUUGAUUGUUUCGUGCUAAAGUUUUAGGUUAUCUACGUGAAUAUUUUAAUAAAUUACGUGUGUGUAUAUUUGUGCGUUUAACAUUACAUUUUUCGAGUGGCACAAACGCGUCGAUCGUAAAUAUUCUUUAAAUAAUUGCGUCCAUUAUUAUGUGACCGUGAAUUGGGAACGAACACGUAGAGAGAAAGACAAAGAGAGAGCGACAACACGAGAAGGAAAAAACAAAGGAAAAUGCAAAACAUUAGAGUCUAUGUUUUCUGUUAUCUCAUCGUGGCAAUACUUUUUCUCACGCCAUUCAAUUACGCUUCAGAUUUUUCUGCAGGAAAUGUCACAAAUCAAACCAAACAAUGCGAUACCCAAAAGAUGGAGAAUCAAUGCAAUGAAAAUGAAAGAUGCUUUCAAAAUUCGAAAGGAGAAAAAGCAUAUUGCAAAUGCAAGAUAGGUUACGAUCUGGAGAAAGGCCGAUGCGUCCAGGUUACAAUUACUACGGUUGCUAGUGUAACUGAUCAACCAAACGUCAUGGCCAAUUCAGGAGGUAGUUCUGUAGCCGCUGGCUUGUUAAUACCAACUUUUCUCGUAGUAAUGAGCGUAUUACUGUAUUUUGUCGCGAGGCGAUAUAAAUGGUUACAACGAGUUCGACAGCUUCGUCCAAACCAUUAUGGUAAUGUCCUAGUCACAAGAGACGACGAUGACGAUGACGAUCCACCUAUAGCGUAAGCAGACAUCUAAUAAUAAUAAUAAUGGAAUAAUUAAUAUGUUUGCCGUGUACAAAGUGCGAAAGUUUUUAUCAGAAAUAUGAACUUUAACACGUGAAACGCUCAGUUACACAAUUCAUAAUUUUAAAGCGACACAAGCUUUGAGUUACCGCUGCGCGUAAACGGAUCGUCUUACCGAAUAACCGCAAGAAAC